UUCCCUGAAAGAGUUCCCCGUUCUCUCCUCACCAUGGGCAAUGCAAUAUCCCUCGCCAUGGGAACAGGUGACGGCCAUCUGCACGAGUCCACGCAGCCCUCAGAAGACCCUCAGGAGCUCCAGGACCUACGCGGAUACAGGACCCCACGCUACACGUCUCUAUCUCGGGUUCACGUGGACGAGGCCGAGCCCCUGCUCCCCGGGGGCGUCCGCAGUGCGAGGAGCCUCCACAAAGCCGGGGGCACACGGGGAGACCCACAGAGCCGGGAGGGCGCGCCGCCAGCCAGGCCCACCGAGACGAUGCCUGCCCUGGUGCUGCAGAUCUUGGUGCCCUUCCUGCUGGCUGGGCUUGGCACCGUCUCGGCCGGUAUGCUGCUUGAUCUGGUUCAGCACUGGGAAGUGUUUCAGGAGGUCACAGAGAUCUUCAUACUGGUCCCUUCAGCAUUGGGCCUCAAGGGAAACCUGGAAAUGACCCUUGCUUCCAGGCUUUCAACUGCUGUGAAUACUGGGAAAAUGGAAACGGCAAGAGAAAGGAGGAGUCUGAUCAUCGGGAAUUUGUCUCUUAAACAGUUGCAGGCCACUGUACUGGGUCUUCUGGCAGCUCUGAUGGCGAUUGCUUUGGGAUGGAUGGCAGAGGGUCAGAUGCCCUUUAACCAUGCCCUCCUCCUGUGUUCAGUCAGUCUGGCUACUGCCUUCAUGGCCUCAUUGCUACAAGGCGUCAUCAUGGUGGCUCUGAUCCUUGGCUCCAAGAAACUGGGUAUAAACCCGGACAAUGUGGCCACGCCUUUGGCCGCCAGUUUCGGAGACCUCAUCACUCUUGCCUUCCUCGCCAGCUUCAGUCGGUGGUUCUACGGAUGCCUCGAGCCCUACUCCUAUGUGUUGGUCCUGGUGAAUGUGGUAUUACUGUGUCUUAUCCCGUUGUGGGUGGCCAUCUCAUCCAGACAACCAGCUAGCCGUAUCCUCCUUCGUAAAGGCUGGGAACCAAUCAUUACAGCCAUGCUGAUAAGCAGUUUGGGAGGACUAAUCCUUGACAAGACUGUAACAAAUGCAAACUUGGCAGGAAUUAUAAUUUUUGUUCCGGUUAUAAACGGGAUUGGAGGAAGUCUGGUCUCCAUUCAGUGUAGUCGUAUUGCUACGGCCCUGCACAUUGGCAGCUCCCCUGGGGAGGUUCCAGAGGGCCGUAAGGGACCCUGCAGAGCCUGCCACAUGUUCUUUGGAUCAGGGGCAAACUAUCGAUCGGCCCAAGUGCUAUUCCUAUUGGUCAUCCCGGGUCAGCUGAUCUUCUUAUACACGAUUCAUCUGAUGGAGGGCGCUCACACGGUGCCGACGCCGUUCUUCCUGUUCAUCUUCCUGGCGGUCGCCCUCCUUCAAGUGUAUUCCUUGCUGUGUGUGGCCGACUGGUUGGUUCCUUGGCUCUGGCAGCGGGGGAAAGACCCUGACAGCUUCUCCAUCCCCUACCUCACUGCCCUGGGAGACCUGCUGGGUACUACUCUGCUGUCCCUGGCCUUCCUGCUGUUCUGGUGGACCGGGGAGCCUAUCAGCACCUCCUUUGAAUGGUUCGGACGGACCUGACUGUCCUUUUGGGUCCUUUUAGGCAUAUACAUCAUUCUUAUUGUACAUAUACAAUAUUGCUUGGCAAUGAGAUGCUGUUUGAGCGACUCGUGAUUGAAAGGCUACUUUAUAACAUAUUUAAUUAACUUUUUCAAUUUUUUGUCCAGUUUAAAAUGUUAUGAUAUUCUUAUGAAAUAUGGACACUGUCAAAUCUGCGUUGAUGGAAUGUAAAAGACAUUCUGCAACAAGUUAUGGAGGUGUAUUCUCUGCUGGG